GGGCGAGCUAGGAGGAGGGACACCUGAUUCUCACAGCGCUGCAGCUGCCGUCCGUGAUAAAAGAGGGGCGCGAACAGGUCGGCAGAGGAGCGAGGCAGCCUGCGAGCAGGAGACAUGCCGCAGAACGUGGUGCUAGAGGGGCCAGCACCUUGGGGAUUUAGGUUGGCUGGGGGCAAAGACUUCAAGCAGCCUCUGACCAUCACCAGGGUGACACCAGGCAGUAAGGCAUCGCUGGUCAAUCUCUGCCCAGGAGAUGUCAUCCUGGCUAUCGAGGGAGUCUCAACCGAGGGCAUGACUCAUGCCGAGGCCCAGAACAAGAUCAAAGACUCCACUUCCCAGCUCUGCCUGAAGAUAGAGAGGCCUGAAACCAAGCUCUGGUCCCCACAAGUCAUUGAGGAAGGUAAAGCGCACCCAUUCAAGCUUAACCUGGAGGCCGAGCAGCAGGACCUUGGCUACUUCGAACACAAGUAUAAUGUCAGGCCAAAGCCCUUCAUACCUGCACACCAAAGCAGAGAUAACCCAUCUGGGGGGGUGAUGGGAAGUGUAGCUCAAGUACCUUGCCCGAACGCAGCACCAGUUAGUAAUCGUGGUCGGGACGAAGCCCUGGCCCGUUCUGCUCAGUAUAACACCCCAGUUAACUUAUACUCGGAUGCAAAUUUGUCAGAAGCACUACAGCAGGUUCAGAUGUCCACUGUAGGCAAUCAGGUGCUACCCAGCGGGAAGGUCCUGACCUCCAUCGAGGACUCUCACGUGUACCAGAUGCUGCAGGAAGAUCACGAGAGGCCGCACGCUCCACGCCAAUCUGGCUCCUUCAAGGCUCUGCAGGACUACGUGGAAAGUGACGGUACAAAGCCUCUGGUAACCAGAAGCGUAAAAGCUCCAGUAACCAAAACCCAGGCUUCUUCAACUUCGCUGCAAAAACUGCCUCUUUGUGACAAAUGUGGUAAUGGCAUUGUCGGCACCGUGGUCAAGGCGCGGGACAAGUUCCGCCACCCAGCCUGCUUCGUGUGCUCGGACUGCGGCCUGAACCUGAAGCAGAAGGGCUACUUCGUGGUGGAGGGGCAGCUGUACUGCGAGACUCAUGCUCGGCUCCGAAUGAGACCGCCGGAGGGCCACGACCUGGUCACCGUGUACCCCCACGCCUAAGGGAUGUGUAGGAAUGCUUGUUCACCCUGUGGCAAAACAGCUAGGACAGGUGUACAUUUUGUUGAUGAAGCCAGACGAAGCCUGCUUUUACGUGUGAGGGAAAGCUUGCACGAGAGUUUGCAAUUUCACUUCUCAGGGAUUUAAUUAGCCUCUACCUGAAAAGUGAGAGAUCCAACAUACUGAUACGGUUGUUUUCUAGAGUCCCUAUCUCUCUGAAUCCCGAUGAAAUCCUGAAAUUCAUUUAGAACACACAUUUAGAACACACUUCUUUGUCUGAAGCUCUACUUUCUAUACAUGCUGAUAUGCAUGUAAUUAUAUAUGGUGUUUGUGUAAUGUGUGACCCUGUAUUAAGUUUAAGAAUUUAAGAUAGCAUUUAAAUGAAUUUAAGUAAAUUUAAGAUUGCAUUUCAAACUCAAAACAGGCCAUGAAAUAUUCUCUGAGCUGUAUUAAUUUCUUCCAGAAUAUACACUUAUCUUUUUGUAAAUGUAGCUGAAUGUAUACUGUAUUAUCAUGUUCUGUUGAUAAACCCAUUACAAACUCAA